AUGCUCAAUGAGGAGCAGGAGUCGCUUCGAGAGCGGGUGGCCGACCUGGAGAUCAAGGUUCUGGAACAAGCCGAGGAACUCACCUGUCUCAGGAGCACCAUCGCCGAUCUUACGCGGAGACUAACACAGGUGGAAGGUAGAGCUCCGAUGAUAACCAACAACAGUCCGAUCCUACCGCACAACGGCUUCAAACACAGCUACAGUCAUCGAUCGUUGAGCUCGAAAUUGGCGCGACAAUCUUCAGGGGCGUCGAACUCCACCAUUGAAUCACCUACGCCCGCGUCCGUGCAGAAUGGACACUCCGACACCGAUGGGAAGAGGUUCGGCUACGCUGCGUCGACCUCGUCCUUGCACAGUGAAGGAUCGUCCUCGACGAGGUCCACCCCUCAGCCGCGGCACAAGAGCCUCUCCGCUGGAAAUUUGCAGCAGCUCCGGCGGAUGAAUGGCGGGAGCUCGCCUAAUAUUCCCACCUAUCACAACGGCUACGGCGAUCACGCAACACGAGACUGUUUCUUCGAUCCCGACGACGGGAUCCUCCGUUUCACCGUUCACGGUCACCAACUGCUCCUGCCGGUCCCAUCGAGCUUAGUUCAAGAGUACUCAUUGACAAAAGUCAAUCCUAUCCCCCAGCAACGGCUGAAGCUCGAGUGGGUCUACGGGUACCGAGGCAGAGAUUGUCGAACGAACCUGCAUUUGUUACCUACGGGCGAGGUCAUCUACUUCGUGGCUAGUGUCGUCGUGCUGUACAAUGUUGAAGAACAGGUCCAACGGCACUAUCUGGGACACACCGAUGACAUCCGCUGCAUCGCCAUUCAUCCGAACAAGUUGCUCGUGGCCACCGGUCAGACCGCUUCGAUAGAUCGACGAGACCGACGGCCAAAAUACGUUACAAGGCCUCAUGUCCGAGUUUGGGAUUCGGUCAGUCUGAACACCAUCCACGUUAUCGGCAUAGGAGAGUUCGACAGAGCGAUUAGCUGUCUGACAUUCAGCAAAUUGGACGGUGGCACUAUUUUAGCGAUCGUAGACGACUCCACGGAUCACACGCUGAGCCUGUGGGAGUGGCAGAAGGGUCAUAAAAUUGCCGAAACGAAGAGCGCUUCAGAGCCGGUUCUGGCAGUUGAAUUCCAUCCCAUUGAUCGACUACAGCUCGUUACCUUAGGGAAGGGACAUCUCCACUUCUGGGACUUUGAGAACAGCACGCUCACAAAACGAGUCGGAAUAUUUGAAAAAGCACACAAGGCCAAAUACGUUCUCUGCGUGACUUUCAACGAUUUGGGCGAAUUACUUACUGGGGACUCGAAUGGAAAUAUCAUGGUGUGGUCCCGAGGGAGCAACAAGGCCUCACGGGUCAUUGAAAAUGCCCAUGAAGGUCCCGUAUUCUCGAUUUGUACCAUGAAAGACGGAACUGUGAUCAGCGGAGGCGGUAAAGAUCGCCUUCUGGCCGAAUGGUCCUCGGACCUCGAGCCCACGGGGCGUACCCUGGAGCUCCCCGAAAGCACAGGAGGGGUUCGAACCCUGGUACAGGGUCGUGGUACGCAGCUUCUCAUCGGGACAACCCGGAACUGUAUUCUACAGGGCAGCUUCGAGUUGUCCUUCUCAACGGUGGUCCAAGGCCAUUCCCAAGAGGUUUGGGCACUGGCCAUUCAUCCGACGCAAGCUCAAUUCCUAAGCUCCGGAUACGACGGUCAUGUGCAUCUGUUCGACUCAAUGAGUCACUCGGUGGUAUGGUCCCUCCCAUGGCCUGAGCCUGUACAAAGCGCAUCAUUCUCCCCGGACGGCUCAGUCAUCGCGAUAGCCUCGACGGCCGGGAACUGGAGUGUUUUUGACACGGCUACCCGAAAAGUAUACGCCGCUCACCACGACGGUAAUGAGCCGAUCGACGUCGUGAGGUUCUCGCCCAGUGGCCAGUAUCUGGCGCUGGCAUCGAGAGACAACUUCAUUUAUAUUUAUCAAGUCUCUGAAGAAUACAAAAAGUACAACAGGAUGGGGAGAUGCGCGAAAUACACCCAGGCACAAAAUAAGAUCAGAAAGAGACUACUCGAAUUAUGGGGUCACGGUAAUAUAACUUCUCAACUCGACUGGUCGGAAUGUAACACCUACCUCCAGACUACGAACAACAACUACGAGAUCGUUUAUUGGAAUGCAACGAUCUGCCGACCUGUCACGAAUCCGACUCACUUGAAAGACACAGUGUGGGCAACACAGACCUGCCCGUUGGGCUUCUCCGUAUUUGGAAUCUGGUCUGAUCAACCUGAAGGGUCGGACAUAUCAUGCGUUGCGAAAUCGCAUAACUCAAAGUUGCUGGUGACAGGGGAUGAUUGUGGCAAACUCAAACUCUUCGUGAAUCCCGCGAACGUGCCGCGCUGUCUUUAUCACACGUGCACGGGGCACUCGUCGCAAAUCGCCAGCAUGGGAUUCCUUCCGGACGACUCCCGCAUAGUUUCAAUCGGCGGCAAGGACUUCUCUGUAAUGCAAUGGUGUCUGCAAUGAUAUCCCACGAAGCCAGGGGUUUCCUUUGACGGGAUAGUUAAUGAUUCCAACAAGCUUAAGAAGAGCGAUGAAUUCGCACUGCAAUCGGGAAGCUUCACCCUCUAGGCUCUUCAGUAAAGUCAAACACUUGGGAGUCUUCCGAGAAGCUGAAACAGUGACCGUUCGCUUGUCCGUCCGUUCAUCCAUCCACCGCUACAAAUGAACGUC